UUCAGCAGGGUGGAGUGGAGUGAGAAAGCUGAGAAAAACUCAACAUCUCGCUCUGAACCGGAUUCAGUCGCACCCAGGACAGCAGCGGCAGCAGUUGCAACUAAACAGAUAAGGAAAUGAGCUCAGGAAUUAAAGACCCUCCACCCUACGUCAUCCCCGUGGACAGUGGAGGGGACAAUGUGAGGGUGUACAAGGUGCACACGCCGUUCGACCCCAUGAGCGCUAACAUGAGCGCUAACGCCGGGGGGGCAGAGUACAGAGUACCGGCCCAAUACACCCCAGGUAACAUGCAGUCGCAGUCCACAGACAGGAACAGAUUUGUGAAUUAUGAGUCUCAGCUCGGACGCUCCCCCGGGAUGGCCACCUGCACCAGCUGCCGAGAACAAGUGCUCACUCAGGUCACCUAUAAAGUGGGAACGUACGCCUGGCUCAUGUGCCUCCUCUUCAUCCUGUGCGGGUUCAUAAUUGGCUGCUGUCUCCUGCCGUUCUGCCUCAAGUUCUUUAAAGAUGUCUAUCACUCCUGCCCCAAGUGUCACCGUGUUCUGCACGUGGAGAAGAAACAGUGUUGCUGACCCCGGCCAAGCUUCUCCUAGCUGCUUAAUGCUCACACCAGAGCAGAAAACACACACACACACACACACACACACACACACACCACCACCUAAUCCACGUGAUCAUGUAUGAACAUGAGGUUAGCUGAUGGACCCUGCAGCACACACACACUUUAGAAACCUAACCAUGGAAUGUUCUUGUCAUUACGCUAACUUUGUAAAAUGUUCCUCAGGUACACAACAUUCACUUCAGAUUUCUAGAACAAUUAGAAUGUUUUGAUCGGUGUUUUCUGAUCCAGAUGUUCCACCAGUCCAUAUUUUGCUCUGUUUUCAGGUGUUCAGUGUUCUCGCUUGUUUGCUUCAGGUAUAUUUAGAGCUGGAUAGAGCAAAAAAAAUGAUACAAAAAUGUCCCGGAUGCUCGAGUCUGACAGAGGAAGCCUUCAAGAAAAUUAAUAGUGUUAAUAGUAUAGUAUCAUGAUGAAAAGUCACUAAACUUUGCCCUUUCCUAAUCUAUAUAGCAAUAGAAAUAAAUUAAAAGUUAAAAAAAUAAAUUCUGACUAGCUUUUUGUUGUCUUUAAGUUCUAAAAAAGAGAUCAUUUCACACAGGGUUCCUCAACUGUUUUUGUACCAUGGACCGGUUUGAUACCGGGGGGUAGGGGUAGGGGUUGAUUGAUGGGGGAGAUCUCUAGUGAGCCCUCUAGUAUUUUUGGGUCAUUUUUAGCAUGGGUUAGCUUGCCACUGCGUCAAAUGCUAGAGUGAGGCGCGAGCAGAAGUGGCCAUUUUUUAAAAAUAAAAUAGAUAUAAGUUCACUGUUUCUUUGUGGCCUGGCGCCGGUCCAUGGCCCGGUGGUUGGGGACCCCUGAUUUGACAUAUAUAUGAGUCGAAUUCUUGAGUGUUUGUUGGUAUCUAUGGCUAAAGGUGACCGUUUAUCUAAAAUGCGCUAACCUUGUGAAAAUUCCGAGAGGAAUUUUCAGUCACAAAUAUUCAUUCUCCUCAACCUCAAAGUUCAGAAGACAUCUAAAGUGAUAUCCUGUGACAUUUAGACCCAAGAAAGACUCCUAAAUGUUCUCCCCUGCUAAUGCUUGCUAGCAUGCUAACAUGCGCUAACCUGACAUGAUUUCCCAGGCAAAGUUUGUUGUUUUUUUGUUAUUAUUAUUAGACAGCAACACCACAUGCUUUAGUAAACACUGACCCUUUCUUUUUCUUUAAACAGCUGAUGUUUAAGGGCAGCACAGUGGCUUAGUGGUCAGCACUGUUGAUUCACAGCAAGAAGGUCCUGGGUUCGAACAGGCAGGGGCCUUUCUGUGUUCUCCCCCGUGCCUGUGUGGGUUUACUCCGGUUUCCUCCCACAGUCCAAAAACAUGUACAUUAGGUUGAUUGGUGAUUCUAAAUUGCCUGUGAGUGUGUGUGGUUGUCUGUCUAUAUGUGUGGCCCUGUGAUGCACUGGUGACCUGUCCAGGGUGUACCCCUGCCUUUUGCCCCAUGUGUGCUGGGAUAGGCUCCAGCAGAUCCCUGUGACCAUAACUAGGAAUAAAGUGGGUAUAGACAAUGGAUGGCUGAUGUUAUUACUCUGGCGUUUUGGGACAAAGCCGUGGACUGGAUUGAAAAGCGCUGAUCUUCCAUCCAGAAAGUUGUCACACUCGAACACAAUCACCUGAACAGAUGAAUAUCCAGUGUUUUAUAUGAAGGAAAAUGAACGUGUAGCAUAUACGGUGCCUGGAAACAGACAACCGAGAGCUACUCACACCAUAACUAUCAUUAUUACGAAUAUUAUCAUUAUUAUUAUAUUCCAUUAUUAUAUUCGAGGAUUUCUUGCGGAAUAUAGGGUGCAGAUAUUCUCCGGGGGGCGUCGGGCUCUGAAAGUGUUAUAGACAUGACUUAAAAAAACUAAACUGAUUUUUAUUACAUUCCGAGGUAAUAAGGCACGGUGGUACCGGUACCUCCUGCAGGUUCUUCUCAGGUUCUCCAGGAGACACGAAUCGAAUUAAACACGAAACAAAUUAGACUUUGAUCCGUAAGGAAAAAACCCCCCCUUUGUGCUUUGUACAUAUAUUCUCCAUAAAAUCGGACUUAUUUUUAAACCUGUAUAUUUUUAUUGUAGUGUAGAGCUCUGCUACAGUCAUGUACAAGUCAGUGUAACUACGAAUCCUUGCCUUAUCAUUAAAAAAGAAAUCAUUUUA